AUGAAUGAGUCCAAUUUAGAAAUCAAUUUUGAUUAUUAUGGAUUUUACAAAAAUCUUGAAUCCUUUUUAAUUUAUUUCGAUGAAACUAAUGAUAUAAACAAAUGUUUUGUUUAUUCACCGAUGUUUAAUAUUCCGUCCCAUAUCGAAUACUUCCUUUCACAUGGUGCUUAUGUCAACGAUAAAAAUAAAGAUGGCGGACCAGCAUUUUAUAAAGCAACAUUGUUUAAUCGUAAAGAAAUUGUAGAAGCUCUUAUUUCUCACAUUUCGAAUGUCAAUGAGAAAAAAAAUGGAAAAACAGCACUUCAUAUUGCAAAAUUGUUUGAUUAUGAAGAAAUAGUUGAACUUCUUAUUUCGCAUGAUGCAAAAGAAUAA